UGGUCCGGCACCUACAAAUUUGGGCUACCCUUACAUUGGCUUUGGUGAACAGGAUCUGAUCCCAAGGACUGUUACCUUUUUCUUUCCUCCUGUGCAGAUCAAGUGAAAGACGCAACCAUGACAAAGAACUGCCACAAUGACUACAAAAUGAAGUUUUCAACAGAUGAAGAGUACCCUGAUCUGUUGAAACACAACAACCACAUGUCCAAGGCGUUGACCAGGGAAAUAUAUGACAAGCUGAGGAGCAAGUCCACACCCAGUGGCUUCACCCUGGAUGACUGUAUCCAGACUGGAGUGGACAAUCCUGGUCACCCCUUCAUUAUGACUGUUGGCUGUGUUGCUGGUGAUGAGGAGUCCUAUGAAGUCUUCAAGGGUUUGUUUGACCCUGUCAUUUCUGACCGUCAUGGUGGUUACAAGCCAACAGACAAGCACAAGACAGACCUGAACUUUGAGAACCUCAAAGGUGGUGAUGACCUUGACCCCAACUACGUUCUCAGCAGCCGUGUGCGCACUGGUCGCAGCAUCAAGGGGUUCACUCUGCCCCCACACAACAGCCGUGGCGAGCGCAGGGGUAUUGAGAGGCUAUCCAUUGAGGCCCUGAACAGCCUGGAAGGUGAAUUCAAGGGCAAGUACUACCCCUUGAAGGACAUGACCGAGAAGGAGCAGGAACAGCUGAUUGCUGAUCAUUUCCUGUUUGACAAGCCUAUUUCCCCACUGCUGCUGGCUGCUGGCAUGGCCCGUGACUGGCCUGAUGCAAGAGGCAUCUGGCACAAUGACAACAAGACCUUCUUGGUGUGGGUGAACGAGGAGGACCAUCUGCGUGUCAUUUCUAUGCAGAAGGGUGGCAACAUGAAGGAGGUCUUCAGGCGCUUCUGCGUCGGUCUGAAGAAGAUUGAGGAAAUCUUCAAGAAGCACAACCAUGGCUUCAUGUGGAAUGAGCACAUUGGCUAUGUGCUGACCUGCCCCUCCAACCUGGGCACCGGGCUGCGUGGCGGAGUACACGUCAAGUUGCCCAAGCUGAGUACACACCCCAAGUUUGAGGAGAUCCUGACCAGGCUGCGCCUGCAGAAGCGUGGCACAGGUGGUGUGGACACUGCUUCCGUGGGUGGUGUCUUUGACAUCUCCAAUGCUGACCGCCUGGGCUCCUCUGAGGUCGAACAGGUCCAGCUUGUGGUUGAUGGUGUGAAGUUGAUGAUUGAGAUGGAGAAGAAGCUGGAGAAGGGAGGCAGCAUUGAUGACAUGAUCCCUGCCCAGAAGUAAAGUGGGAGUUCUGCUUUUUUUUUUUUUAUAGUGUUGACAAUCAUGUUGUGUUGUCUUGACUUUUCCAGACACCCUUGACUCUGCCCAGUUCUUUCUUCCAUUGGCCUUUCUCUCCAUCCUUUCAUUUGUCUUCUUUCUCUUCCAUUACUCUGAUCUGUUCCCUGUAACUGUAACAUCCUGGGAUCAAACCUUCACAUUGUCAAAUUCCCCUGGCAUUGUGUAUUCACCUAAAUUAUUUUUCAUUGUAAAAAAGUGUUUCAUUCAAUAAAUUCAGCCCCAAUGAAACAAUCAAAA